AUAUGAAAAGUAUAAAUACUAACGGAUCAAGUAAAUUAAAACAUUAGCAAAAAAUAAUUGGUAUCAGAAAUUCUUUGUUGCAUAAAAAAUCUUUGUAUGAAUUUGUUGUUCCUACAUUUGGUUUUAUAUAUUGCAUUUCUUCGAACCCUCUUCUGAAUUUUUUUUGCAUUUUUUACUGCAAAUUUUUGAAAUAUAUUGUGAAAAUUUUCAUUAUAUCCGAAUUUAGAACAAGAGAUUAUAAACUAACCUAAUUUUCGAAAUUUCCUACAUUUCGCCAAUUCCAAAGUAUUCCGAAACAUGAAUGAUUUUUUGCAUUCUGAUCAAUUCCGUCCGAUUUCCACCCCUACUCGUGCGCGGUUUCAUCUCUCUAGUGUGGAAUAUUAUGAAUCUUAUAGCUUAAAUACUAUACUUUGUACUUUUAAAACAUACUCAUAUCUUAUAUCGAUUUAAUAGGAGGGCGGUAAUAAAUUUUGUUAUCGUUAAGAGUUCGGUACAAACCCAACUCCUACACAUGCACCCGCAAUUCUGUUAUAGCUACAAAAUGCGGUAGCUUUGAUAUCAGUGAGAAAAAUCAAGUGAUCGCAAACUGUUUGAUGAAAUGUCUCACUGUGUAAUGAUGCUUAGUCCUCCUUUGGCUCAACAUUUCAAGGCAGUUUCUACUCAUUACAAGAAACCCACCAAGGUUUUCAAGCUCGGAAUUCGCAGUUGUUCCGUUGCUCCUCGAAAUACACACAGACUUGUGGCAGAAGUAAAAGAAAAGCUCGAGAAAGAGCAAAACAGUCUGCCGUUGGGAAAAUAUGGGAGAGAUGACGAUCAAAUGAUUCUUUGGUUUCUCAAGGAUCGAAAAUAUUCCGUCGAAGAUGCCGUCUCCAAGUUGACUAAAGCCAUUAGAUGGCGAAAGGAGUUCGGUGUGUCCAAAUUGUCCGAAGAGUCGGUCAAACGUGCAGCGGAAACGGGAAAAGCUUAUCUGCACAAUUAUCUCGAUUCACGGGGCAGAGCAGUGCUAGUAGUGGAAGCAUCGAAGCAUUUUCCAGGGGAACACUUUGAAGAUGAGAAGCUCUGUGUGUUUUUAAUCGAAAAGGCAUUACGCAAAUUCCGAGGUGGAAAACAAGAAAUACUCGUUAUAGUUGAUCUCCGAGGCUUUCGUGCAGAAAAUACCGACAUUAAAUUCGUAACGUUUGUGUUUGAUGCAUUCGACUGCUACUAUCCGAGGCUAUUGACCGAAGUCCUGUUUGUGGACGCUCCGUUUAUAUUCAAACCAAUUUGGCUGAUGAUUAAGCCCUUGUUGAAAUCAUACGCCUCUUUGGUGAGGUUUUGUUCGGCGAAGGAUGUUCGAAAAGAGUAUUUCCGAGCAGAUACUAUUCCAGCUAACUUCAGGGAGUGAUGAAGUGGAGGCAUUUACACUAUAUGGAAAUACUAAUUAGGGUAAAUUACGGCCACCUCCUGAGAUAAUGUCAAAUU